CUGUGUCCAGACCAGUGCAGCGCUGCUGUCCGCGCGUGCCGCACCGUGUCGCGUCCAAAGUCCGAGCGUGCCGAGAAACCCGAGUGCCGAGGGCGCAGUUGUUCGUGAAGGGGCCAGAGUACAGCAAGAGGCAGUGGUCCACGGAGUGAGUGGGGGUGACCAUUAGGUGGCCACAGUGAUCAGCGUGAUCGGAGUAGAGGUGGCAGGGAGUGAAAGUGAUUAAGUGACGGCAUCCAUAGGAGAAGGGUGGCCUCUAGUGAAGUGACUAACAUCGAGUGCAGCGAGCACAGUUUAGAGUGCCCGGAUAGGUGUCAGCGUUGGACGCCAUGAGCCAGCCAGCGUCAGCCGGGUCAUCGCCGGCGGUGGUGUCCGCGGCCUCCACCCCGAGCAAGGGUGGAGGCGGCUCCGCGGUCAGCAAGGAGAUGGAGGCCAACCAAGGCAUACCGCCAGAACAGCCCAGGAAGGACAGCCUCCUCAGCCGGACCGCAGUCAUGGACGCAUCCACCAGAAAGCUGCUGAGCUCGGGGGCGGCCGAGGCCAUCGGCCUGGGCAUCAUCUGCUUCUUCGGCUGCAUGGGCACGCUCAACGGGCCGCUCGGCAUCGCCCUGCCGCACAUCCAGGUCGCCCUGACCUUCGGCCUGGUCGUCAUGGUGGCCAUCGCGGUGCUGACGCCGACCAACCUCCUGUACUGGGGCCGCGCCGUGGGCGCCAACGCCACCUGGGAGGGUCCGGGCCCGUGCUGCACCGUGCCGCACGGCGGGCUGUCGCCGGCGCAGGCCGUGCUGGGCGAGCUGCUCGGCACCGCCGCCCUCCUCAUGCUGUGCUGCGCCGUCUGGGACCCCAGGAACGCCACCAACACCGACGGCAUCCCGCUCAAGUUCGGCCUCCUCAUCGCCGGCGUCGCCAUGUGCCUGGGACCGUACACAGGCGCCAGCCUCAACCCCGCCCGCAGUCUCGGGCCCGCGAUCUGGGAGGGGACCUGGACUCACCACUGGGUGUACUGGGUGGGUCCGCUGAGCGCCGCCGUGCUGCUGGGCUACGGGUGGCCGCUGCUGUUCUCGCCAGUGGACGAGCCGGCCGCCAAGGACAAGGCGGACGUCCCGCUCACGCUCGUCUCCGGCGACGGCAAGAGGCACUCCAGGCUGGCCGACGACGACGACGCCAAGCUGGGCUAUUGAGUGCGACGGACCCCACGACACACGACUACUACUGCCUUUCCUUCCUCACACUCGCCUGCCAGCGGUACAAAAAGUUGAGAGAAACGUGCGUGAGCAAUCUCACCAAGAGUGGACGAAAUAUGGUCCUUCCACAGGGCCUGAUCAAGCUCGCCGAGGUCUUGCCACUUCCGCCUCCAAGUUUAACAACGAACUGUCUCCUGUAAACGCCACUCUUGCCACAGUAUUCACUACUUUAGACCGCCUUGCCUUCACACCCGCGCCUGCUGGGCUGGACGCGACGAAUAAGUACAAACAACGGCUGGGCUGCCGACAACACGACCGCAUACAUACUGACAGCGAGCCCACAUCAUCAAUCACAACUGAUCAGAAGACAGUCAACGACUCGGCUUCUUUUGCAAUUAGCACAAUGUCUGUUUGUACAUAAAUCAUUUACUUAA